AUGAAUUUCCUUAAUAAAUCAGAUGUCAACCUAACCAAGUUUUCAAUGACCAUCACCAAUCAUUUGUUCGCCAAACAAGAAUAUCAAGAAAAGAACAUUGUGAUUUCGCCAUUGUUACUUCACACGGUACUCAGUAUCAUUGCUGCUGGUUCAGAUGGUCCUACAAAACAUCAGCUUCUCUCCUUCCUCGGAACAAAAUCCAUCGCCCAUCUCAAUUCGUUCUCCUCUCAUAUUGUGUCCCAUGUGCUCUCCGACGCUUCUUCUGAUGGCGGUCCACGGUUGUCUUUUCUCAUAGCUGGUUUGGUUGAUAAAUCCCUUUCUUUUGACACUUCCUUCCAAGAAAUUGUUGCUGCUGAUUACUGGGCCACUCUCGCUUCACUUGAUUUUAUAAAUAAGGCUAAUGAAGCAACCGAAAGAGUGAAUUUGUGGGCCGAACGAAGGUCAAACGGACUAAUUCGAGAUCUUCUUCCACUUGGGUCAAUUAAUGGCUCAACCAAACUCGUAUUUGCUAAUGCACUAUAUUUUAAAGGAGCAUGGGAUCAACAGUUUGAUGCUUCAAAAACAAAAUACUAUAAUUUUCACCCUCUAAAUGAUAUUUCAGUCGAGGUUCCCUUCAUGACCAGCAACAAGAAGCAGUUUAUUAGAGCUUUCAAUGGUUUUAAAGUUCUUGGUCUUCCUUAUAAGCAAGGUGAAGAAGAUAUGCGUGAAUUUUCUAUGUACAUUUUUCUUCCGGAUGCCGAGGAUGGAUUGCAAGCUUUAGUUGAGAAGAUUGCUUCUAAACCUGAGUUAUUACAGUGUAUGCUCCCUUUUCAAAAAGUGGAAGUAGGUGACUUCAGGAUUCCAAAAUUUAAUAUUUCAUUUGGACUUGAAACUUCUCGUGUGCUAAAAGAGCUAGGAGUAGUCUUACCUUUCUCUCAUGGAGGUACAAAAAUAGUGGAAUCUCCGGUAGGUCAAGACCAUUAUGUUAAAAAAAUAUUUCACAAGUCAUUCAUUAAUGUAAAUGAAGAAGGCACCGAAGAGUCUGCAGCCAGUGUUGCAACUAUACUAUUCAAGUGUUCUAGUCCCCGUCGAUUAGACUUUGUAGCUGACCACCCUUUCUUCUUUCUAAUUCGAGAAGAUUCGACCGGAACCAUUCUCUUGGUUGGGCAGGUGGUCAAUCCUCUUAUUGGGUGAUCUUAACUUCUCAUUCGUCAAUCCAUUGGGUCACCUAUAUAUACAUAAUGAGGGGACUUCAUAGUUAAUAGGAAUAGAUUUUUUAUAAGAUAGUUUACUAUUUUUUAGAUGAUCAAAAUGGGGUCGAAUAGAGAUUAACAUUGUGUUAGUGGUUGGUUUUCUUUUGAGA